AUGAAGCAUGGCUUGCCAAAUUUCAUCAAAUCUCCAGAGGACCAGACGGGGAUUUCGGGAGGAGUGGCAUCCUUUGUGUGCCAAGCAGCGGGUGAGCCCAAGCCUCGGAUCACAUGGAUGAAGAAAGGAAAGAAAGUUAGCUCCCAGCGCUUUGAGGUGAUUGAAUUUGAUGAUGGCUCGGGCUCAGUUCUCCGCAUACAGCCGCUGCGUACUCACAGAGACGAGGCCAUCUACGAGUGCACAGCCGCCAACAGCGUGGGAGAAAUCAACACCAGUGCCAAACUUACUGUGCUGGAAGAAAACCAGAUUCCUCAUGGCUUCCCCACCAUAGACAUGGGCCCUCAGCUGAAAGUGGUGGAACGAACAAGAACAACUACAAUGCUCUGUGCCGCCAGUGGGAACCCUGACCCAGAGAUCACUUGGUUCAAGGACUUCCUGCCUGUAGACAUCAACGGCAAUGGGCGAAUCAAACAGCUUCGUUCAGGGGGUUCGCCGAUUCGAGGAGCUCUGCAGAUUGAAAACAGCCAGGAAUCAGACCAGGGCAAGUACGAAUGUGUGGCUACGAACAGCGCCGGGACGCGCUACUCGGCCCCCGCAAAUCUCUACGUGCGAGGUAUGAUCCGUGCUCCAGACCCUCGUGGAGUACGGCGAGUGCCGCCCCGUUUCUCUAUCCCACCUACCAAUCACGAGGUGAUGCCAGGGGGCAGUGUCAACCUCACCUGUGUGGCGGUAGGUGCCCCCAUGCCCUAUGUCAAAUGGAUGGCUGGUGAGGUGGAGCUCACCAAGGACGAGGAGAUGCCCGUGGGACGCAAUGUCCUGGAGCUCACCAACAUCCGUCAGUCGACCAACUACACCUGUGUGGCUAUUUCAUCUCUCGGUAUGAUCGAGGCAACCGCACAAGUUUCUGUCAAAGCUCUCCCAAAGCCUCCUACGUCUCUAAUUGUGACGGAAACCACAGCUACCAGUGUUACACUGACAUGGGAUUCUGGAAACCCUGAACCUGUGUCUUACUACAUUAUCCAGUACCGGGCCAAGACCUCGGACUCCAACUUCCAGGAAGUGGAUGGUGUUGCCACCACACGUUAUAGCAUCGGUGGUCUCAGCCCUUAUUCCGAGUAUGAGUUCCGCGUCAUGGCGGUCAACAACAUUGGCCGUGGUCCACCCAGCGACCCAGUUGAGACACGGACGGGUGAGCAAGCACCUUCCUCCCCACCACUGCAUGUCCAGGCACGUAUGCUGAGUGCCAGCACCAUGUUGGUGCAGUGGGAACCGCCGGAGGAACCUAAUGGUCAGAUUAGAGGCUAUCGCAUCUACUACACAUCUGACCUGGACGCGCCUCUCAGUGCCUGGCAGAAACACAACACGGACGACAGCCGUCUCACCACCAUCUCGAACCUGACCCCCGACAUCACCUACAGCCUGCGUGUGUUGGGCUUUACAUCUGUAGGGGACGGACCCCCAUCUGAUGUGUUGCAGGUCAAGACACAACAAGGAGUACCUGCUCAGCCUUCCAACUUUGAGGCUGAAGCAGAGCUGGAUACGCGGAUCCAGCUAACUUGGCUGUGGCCAGUUCAGGACCCCAUCAUCAAAUAUGAGCUGCUAUAUUGGGAGGCUGACUCAAAGAACAAGAUCCAUGUCACCUUCGACCCUGCCGGCUCAUACGCUGUUGAAGGUCUGAAGCCGGACACUCUGUAUAAAUUCUCCUUGGCGGCCCGCUCUGAAAUGGGGCUAGGGGUCUUUACUCAACCCAUUGAAGCCAGGACCGCCCAGUCCACCCCCUCAGCCCCCCCUCAAGACGUGCACCUGCUCAGUCUGAGCUCCACCAGCAUCAAGGUGAGUUGGGUGGCGCCGCCCGCCGCUAGUCGCCACGGCGCUAUUGUGCGCUACACAGUCAGCUACCAGGCAGUGAACGGCGAAGACACUGAGCGCCAUGAGGUACCGGACAUUGGAGUGGAUGCCAGCAGCUGUGUGCUGGAGGCGUUGGAGAAGUGGACAGAGUAUCAGGUGUGGGUGAGAGCACACACCGAUGUGGGCCCCGGCCCAGAGAGCACAGCUGUGCGUGUCCGUACCAACGAGGACGUGCCUGGAGCUCCACCUCGGAAAGUCGAAGUAGAGGCUGUGAACUCCACAGCUAUUCGUGUGACAUGGAAGCCACCUCUUUCUGGGAAGCAGCACGGCCAGAUCCGGGGAUACCAGGUCAUAUACUCCCGCCUGGAGAACGGAGAGCCACGUAGCCAACCAAAUAUAAUGGAUGUCGCUCUGCCAGAAGCACAGGUACUACCUGCUAAUUCUUUAUUAAAACUGCCUGGAGCUCCACCUCGGAAAGUCGAAGUAGAGGCUGUGAACUCCACAGCUAUUCGUGUGACAUGGAAGCCACCUCUUUCUGGGAAGCAGCACGGCCAGAUCCGGGGAUACCAGGUCAUAUACUCCCGCCUGGAGAACGGAGAGCCACGUAGCCAACCAAAUAUAAUGGAUGUCGCUCUGCCAGAAGCACAGUGUGCCACGAGAGCCGAGCAAGUGGCCGUUGGAGAAGCCUGUCAACCUUUCCAUGAAGAAUCUCCAAUAAAUCUGCAUGAGAGUCCCCUCCAAUUACAGCUGUCACUCUUCUGUGCUGUUUGCACCACCAUUGGCAACACAGCCCUCAUCCAGUGGCAGCCUCCUAAGGACAUGGUGGGUGAGCUGAUUGGCUACCGACUGCGGUACAAGCGUGUGGAGGAUGAAAACUAUGAAGUCCGUGAGUUCGCACGUAACGACGACCACCACACCGCCACAGAACUGCACAAGGGCGCCACCUACACCUUCCACCUGAGCGCCAGAAACCGGGCAGGAGCUGGAGAGGAGUAUGUAAAAGAGAUCAGCACACCGGAGGAUGUGCCAAGUGGGUUUCCCCUCAACCUACGUGUCGUGGGCCUGACCACCUCCACCACCCGCCUUGCCUGGGACCCCCCGGCCCUCUCUGAGCGCAACGGCCGGAUCACACAAUAUCUAGUGAUGUACCGUGACAUCAACAACAUACAGAACAGCACCAAUCGCACAUCUGACACUCAAAUGACCAUCCAGGGGCUUCGGCCAGACACCACCUAUGAUAUCCGUGUGCAAGCCUUCACCAGCAAGGGAGGGGGUCCCAUAAGUCCUAGUAUCCAGAGCAGGACCAUGUCUACAUCACCUGCAUUUGCCACAAGUUUUGGUGUCAAAGCUGUGAUGAAAACCUCUGUCCUUCUCACCUGGGAGGUGCCAGAAAAUUAUAAAUCCCAAGUGCCUUUUAAGAUCCUCUAUAACCAGCAGAGUGUGGAAGUCCAGGGCAACCUCAAGAGGAAGCUGAUCACGCGACUGCAGCCGGACACUAAUUAUUCCUUCGUGCUGAUGAGCCGGGGAAACAGCGCUGGUGGCCUGCAGCAGCAGGUCUCUAUUCGUACCGCACCUGACCUGUUCAAAACUAAACCUGUCCUGUACACAGCAGACCAGACCAGCAAUGGCAAACUCACCAUCAACCUGCCCAAAGUGCCCACCACAGCUCCUGUCAGGUGGUACUACAUUGUGGUCAUGCCCGUGUCUCUUACAUCAUCUCGUAAGUGGGUUAAUCCUGACGAGAUGGAGCUGGAUGAGCUCUUGGAGUCUAGUGAGGGAGCGCUGCUCAGGAGACGACGUCACACGGACACUGUUAGGCCGUACAUUGCCGCAAAGCUGACCUCCCUCCCAGACACCUUCACCUUGGGAGACGAAAAGACGUACAACGGCUUCUACAACCGUCCCCUUCCUAACAACCAACACUACCAGUGCUUUGUCAUGGCUGAACUCAAGGACCAAUACCCUGUUACUGCCAAUGAGAAGCAGCGGACCUUCUCGGCCAGCCCAUACUCGGACCCCAUCAUCGUGCAGGAUAAAAACCUUAUGCAGCCCAGUGUGGACCAGCCUGAGAUGCUCUGGGUUAUGGGCCCCGUUCUUGCCGUAGUGCUCAUCAUCAUCAUAGUCAUCGCCAUCCUGCUCUUCAAGAGCAAACAGGAGAGGAAGAGGGCAUCCCCCCUACCGAAAGAUGAUCACUCUGGUGGAGUGAAGGAUUGUCUUCUGGCCAACUCGUCUGAUCCUGUAGAAAUGAGGAGACUCAACUACCAGACACCAGGAAUGAGGGAACAUCCUCCUAUAUCUGUCUGCGAGCUGGCAGACCACAUAGAGCGACUCAAGGCCAACGAUGCCCUCCGAUUUUCCCAGGAGUAUGAGUCCAUUGAUCCAGGCCAGCAGUUCACAUGGGAGAACUCCAACUUAGAGGUCAACAAGCCAAAGAACCGUUAUGCCAACGUUAUUGCUUACGACCACUCGAGAGUUGUUCUCACCCCCGUGGACGGUGUUCCAGGCAGCGAUUACAUCAAUGCCAACUACACAGACGGCUACCGUAAGCAGAAUGCCUACAUUGCCACGCAGGGCCCUCUGCCUGAGACUCUGAGCGACUUCUGGAGGAUGGUUUGGGAGCAGAGAGCCAGUACCAUCGUCAUGAUGACCAGACUGGAAGAGAAGACCAGGGUCAAGUGUGACCAGUAUUGGCCUGUUCGUGGCACAGAGACUUACGGAAUGAUCCAAGUGACCAUGCUUGAUGCUGUUGAGUUGGCAACUUACAGUGUGCGCACCUUUGCCCUUUACAAGAAUGGCUCUAGCGAGAAACGCGAGGUCAGGCAGUUCCAGUUCAUGGCCUGGCCAGACCACGGAGUGCCUGAAUACCCCACCCCCAUCCUAGCCUUCCUGCGCAGGGUCAAAGCCUGCAACCCUCCCGAUGCUGGACCCAUGGUAGUGCACUGCAGUGCUGGAGUGGGCCGCACAGGCUGCUUCAUAGUUAUUGACGCCAUGCUGGAGCGGAUGAAACACGAGAAGACGGUUGACAUUUAUGGCCAUGUCACAUGCAUGAGAGCCCAGAGGAACUACAUGGUGCAGACAGAGGAUCAGUACAUCUUCAUCCACGAGGCCCUGCUGGAGGCCGCCACCUGUGGAAACACCGAGGUCCCUGCCCGAAACCUCUACGCCCACAUCCAGAAGCUCACCCAGCCACCGCCUGGAGAGACCGUCACAGCCAUGGAGCUGGAGUUUAAGAGACUCGCCAACUCCAAAGCCCACACCUCACGAUUCAUCAGUGCCAACCUGCCCUGCAACAAGUUCAAGAACCGGCUGGUCAAUAUCAUGCCUUUUGAGUCCACACGGGUGUGCCUGCAGCCAAUCCGAGGAGUGGAGGGGUCUGACUACAUCAAUGCCAGCUGCAUCGAUGGAUACAGACAGCAGAAGGCCUAUGUUGCCACUCAGGGCCCUCUAGCAGAGACCACUGAGGACUUCUGGAGGAUGUUAUGGGAGCACAAUUCCACUAUUGUAGUGAUGCUGACCAAACUCAGAGAGAUGGGACGGGAGAAGUGUCAUCAGUACUGGCCAGCUGAGCGCUCUGCCCGCUAUCAGUACUUUGUGGUGGAUCCCAUGGCUGAAUACAACAUGCCCCAGUACAUCCUGCGAGAGUUUAAAGUCACAGAUGCCAGGGACGGUCAGUCUAGAACCAUUCGGCAGUUCCAGUUCACUGAUUGGCCGGAGCAGGGAGUGCCAAAAACUGGCGAGGGGUUCAUCGAUUUCAUUGGCCAAGUUCAUAAAACCAAGGAGCAGUUUGGGCAGGAUGGACCAAUCACUGUGCACUGCAGUGCUGGAGUGGGAAGAACAGGUGUUUUCAUCACUCUAAGUAUUGUCCUAGAGAGGAUGAGAUAUGAGGGUGUGGUGGAUCUGUUCCAGACCGUUAAGACCCUGCGCACACAAAGGCCUGCCAUGGUGCAGACAGAGGACCAGUACCAGCUGUGCUACAGAGCCGCUUUGGAGUACCUGGGGAGCUUUGAUCACUAUGCAACGUAACCACUCCUGGACCACAGCCCUCUGGUACAACUCUUCAGGAGUGCACCAAGUGUUCCUUCUGAGCCACCAUUCCCCAUCCUGUACAGAGAUCUGGGGGGUGGGAAGGGCAGGCUAUCCAGUGGCUGGUUAACCAAUCACAGCAGUCCAUUAUAGACUGGCACCAAGAGAUUGCUUUAAGAAAUGUAGACAACUCUCUUUCAAGAAGCACCAUCUAAAAAAAAAACUACAUUCUAGUUUCUCCUUAGCAUACGCCAACCCACACUACAGUCGAAGGCUACUGGUAGCACUCAUUCUUCUUUUUUUUAAAAUCAUGAUUAUCAUUUGUUAUUAUUUUUAAAAAUCCAGUAUGACAAUAUUGUUAUUAUUCUUAUUUAGAAUAUUUGUGUUUAUAUUUUUAAAUCAUCUUUUAACAUCUUUUGUCUUAAUGGCCUUUUCCAUGGGUCUACCUUUUCCUUAUGUGGUACUGUUUUAUUUUUUAUUUUCUUCACAAUAGGUUAUUUUAGCACAAGGACAUGUAUUUUUAACAUGUUCCUGAUACUAAUACCAGAGAACCACUGUUCUCUAAGCUGCUGAUGGUUUGACUUUGUUUGACUUUUUUUCGUUAUGUAUAAUUGGUCUUAUUGGGCUAAAAUGAGUGGGUUCACUUUUGGAGAAGCCUUUAAUGUUGUCUCUGUCUCGAUAAAAGAAAAAUCUCCAACUGCACGACGUAUGUAUUUGGGUUAGUGGUACUAAAUUAAGAAAAGCUUUUUGUAGGGGAAAGCAAAUCAACUAACUAAUAAAAUCGGCACUGUACAGAACUCAGUAAGGGUUAAAUGCAAUUUGUGAGGAAUAAAUUAUGACCUUCUGAUUGGAGCGCAUUCACCGAGAGGGACGUUACCGGCAACUGAACGCAAUCCUAACGAAAAGUGCCCCUUCUCCGUGACAUUUGAAGACCUGAUAUUGAAAUGAGACCAAUCGCCAUUGGCACCUGUACAGUAUAAACCACUCCCCCCAAGGGAGAGUCAGCUCUGUUUAAUCCAACUCUUCUUUUUUAUACAGAAAUAUAUAGACAUAAAUUUAUAAUUAUGGAUAAAUAUAAAUACUAUUAUACAGUAUAUAAACAGCUUCUGCUCUAUUGUCCAUAAUUCUCUCAAAACGUAAUCCUGGACUUUUCUUGAUAUACCGACACGAGAGACUGCUGUGUGUGAAUCUAUUCAUGGUACAAAAGUUUUAUCUACUGUAGUAUCUACGCACCCCAGGUAUUUGGCGGUCCCCUCUGGUGGGGUGGGGCAGCAAAUUAAAAACACUUCCUACAGGACAACAUUUCAUGCCUGCUCAAUUACAACCGGCAUGUUAAAGGGAGACCUGGCCAUACAUUCAGAAUAUGUUGGAAAGUUCAUUUUUACCUUGUGAAUGAUUAGUGCUGUAGAGGUUCGAUCUGUUGUAUACACAGUCUGUUUUCUAUUUGUUAAUAAGAAAACUGAAAUAAAAAAAUGUUGCAGGAAAAAAACUCAAUGUAAUAAAGUUCAAUAAUUGGUUUUUGU